ACACCCUCACCAUCCACCCCAACCGAUGUCUUCCCUUCAAACAUCACUCUCCCGCCUCUACGCCAAUAUCCAUACGCCGUCAAAGUCGGCACGGUGACCUCGGUCGGCCUGAUGGAGAAAACUGUGCGCGUCGCAUACCAUCACCGCAAAUGGGAUCGGCAUAUCCGCAAAUGGUACCCCAAGGUCACCACGUACCUUGUUUCUGACCCGCAGAACUCACUGAGGGAAGGUGACGUGAUUGAGUUUUCGUCGGGCGCGCGCAAGUCGCCGAGAGUCAGGCAUGUGGUUGAUAAAAUCAUUGCACCGUUUGGCGAGGGUAUUGACCAGCGACCACCGGUGUUGACGCGUGAGCAGAGGGAGGAGUUGGAUGUGGAGAGGAGGAAGACGAAGAUAUCGAGACGGAUGGAGAGGGCUGCGAGUGAGGCUGUGGAGCAGGAUGGGGAGGCGUUGCAGGGGGAGGAGAUUGAGGGGCAGAAGAGACGAGUUUUGGAGAGGCAGUUUCAUGUUGGGAGGAUCAAGAGGUUGGUUGAGGAGAGGGUGAAUACGUCGGCU